GUGUUUAACGAGGACGGCACAGUGCGCUGCUUCAUCGAUGCCAGUCAGGAGGACCAGCGCAGCUGGAUGAGCUACAUUAAAUGCGCCCGGAACGAGCAGGAGCAAAACCUGGAGGUGGUUCAGAUCGGCAGCAGCAUCUUCUACAGAGCUCUGGAGGUGAAGCACCUUCUGCUGAUGCACUGCUGCACUGAUGUGAUGCAACACAGUCGCACGGUGUUUAACGAGGACGGCACAGUGCGCUGCUUCAUCGAUGCCAGUCAGGAGGACCAGCGCAGCUGGAUGAGCUACAUUAAAUGCGCCCGGAACGAGCAGGAGCAAAACCUGGAGGUGGUUCAGAUCGGCGGCAGCAUCUUCUACAGAGCUCUGGAGACUAUUCCUCCGGAGCAGGAGCUGCUGGUUUGGUACAGGAAUUCCCACAACACUUUCCUGGGUAUUCCCGGUGUUCCCGGCGUUCCCAGUGCUCCCAGUGCUCCCAGCACAGAGGAGCAGCAGCAGCAGAAGAACAGGAGUGGUAUGUGUUCACUUCAUUAG